UAGAAUAUAUAAUUUAAUUAAACAAGUGUUUUCAGUUACAAUGCUGAAGUCAAUCAGUUCGUCAUAUUGGCUGCUGGCCUUUGUGGCCAUCAGUGCAGUCCUGGUGACAGCACAGGUACCCUUCCCUGGCCAGUGUCCAGAGGUUAACAUACCGGAAGAGUUUGACUUGGAAGCGUACAUGGGGGUCUGGUAUGAGUACGCAAAGUAUCCGUUUCUCUUUGAGAUAGGCAAGAAAUGUAUUUACGCACGCUACGAGAUUGCCGAUAACAACACAGUGUCUGUUCUGAAUGCUGCUAUCAAUAGAUUAACCGGAAGCCCAUCGAAUGUGACUGGCACAGCCCGGGUAAUUGCACCGGGUCAGCUGGCUGUCGUCUUCUCCAAGAAUCAGGAAGCUAAUAGGGCGAACUAUCAGGUGUUGGGCACCGAUUAUGAAUCGUUUGCCGUUGUCUAUAGCUGCAGCAGUCUGACUCCGUUUGCCCAUUUGAAAAUCGUCUGGAUAUUGACGCGCCAGCGCGAGCCCACCAAGGAGACCAUCGAGACAGCGUACAAGGUGCUGGACGAUAAUAAGAUCAGUCGCGCUGUCCUCAUCAAGACCCACCAGAAGCACUGCCCCCAACUGGAGGGCAAUGGCACCGAGGUGGCCUCCACUCAGCUCCUGGACGAAGACUUUGUCAGCAAUGCGCUGCCAAAGGCCAUCGAGACAGCAUGAGAGUGGCUAAGGCGCUUCAAUGAGCGUCUUUUCGAUAUAUUCAUGAACUUCUUAAACGAUUAGCUAACAGUACGAAUAUAGUAUAUUCCUAACAUAUACUCAAACAACUAUAUAUGCAUGAUUUAAAAAAAAAAAAAACAAAUGUUAAUUAAUAUGCACAAAACUUAUAAUUAAUUAAUAACUUUAAUUAUUUAAAUGUUUGAUUAGCAGCUCCUUUACGAAUGUUCAUAAUAUAUUGUAAAUACGUUCUUUA